GGCAUUUAAAUGCAACGACCACCAAAGUCUCUCUUCUCUGUCUUUGUCUCUCUAAACUUCAAAGUUCAAACACCGUCACCCUCACACACACACGCCAUGGGAGAAGAAACCGAACAAGUCUCUUCCUCCUCGUUCUUCUCUCAUCCUCUCUUCUCCUGUUUCAUCACUCUCUACGUUCUAAUCCUCAUCUACUUGCCCAAUGAUUUGCUUCGAAUCUCUCUCUCCCCUGUUCUUCUCAUCUCCGGAGCUCUCCUCCUCUUUCUUCUCCGUCUCGGGUCGACCCGAGAACCCAACACCCGACCCGAUACAAGAAACGAGAAUCUCGAGGAGACAGCUGAAGACUACUCUAACGUUGAUUCCGACAAGAAUCCCGAUCAUUUGACGUGUGGUUUCGUGGAGUGGAACUUGAGAGCUCCAUUGGAAGUGAUACACGAAGCUUACGAAGAGAACGAAGACGACGACGAAGAAGAAGAAGAAGAGAACCCGGGUGGUGAAAAAGACCCGACCCGGUUUAAAAAAAUCGUGAGGUUCCCGUCGUUGUCUCUCUGUUACCCAGAAUCAGAUUCGGAUUCGGAUUCUGCUUCCUCUUCGGAAUUUAAUUUCCCGGAGAUCGGUGACUGGAACUCGCCGGAGAACAUGGGAUUCAGAUGGGAAGAGGAGGACGGCGGCGGUGGAGCUGGAGGAGGAGAAGGUUUGAUUGAGAUAAAGCUUGAUCGUUGCUAUAAUAAUAACAAGAGCAAGAUGAUGAUGAGUAAAUGGAAUCAAACAGAGUUGGAUUUUCACGGAGAAGACGAAGAUGGUUUAAUAGAAAUCGAUCUUUUAUCAUAGAUGACGACAAAAUACUUUUGUAUUGGAUUUUACUUAUGUAACAUAAAGCAAUAUAAUUGAUAACCAACCUGUUGGAUAAUUCCAACUCGAGGAAGAAGAUAUCUCCUAGGAAGUUGCCAAAAGAGAUAGAUUAGGAAAAUGAAAAGUUCCUAUUGUCAUUAA